AUGGCUAACACGGGCAGGAUUGUCUCUGGCUGGGAGGCGGAAGAGGGCCAGUUCCCCUACCAGCUCUCGCUCCGAAUGGUGAACAACGAAGCAGCUGUGUUUGCGUGUGGUGCCACCCUCAUACACAACGAAUGGGCCCUCACCGCUGCCCAUUGUACUGCCAUGCGUGUGACCAUCGUAAUCCGUGUCGGUGUGACUCACACCACUCGACCAGCGAUUAUCUUCGAAACAACUGAGUACUACAACCACCCGUUGUACGUACCAGAGUGGCCCUUCGUUCAGCCCAACGACAUCGGUGUCAUCAAAUUCCCUAGACCUGUUGAAUAUACUGACGUGAUCAAGCCUAUCAGGUUGCAGUCUUCAGUAGACAAGGAUAAGAACUAUGAAGGUCUCGUCUUGCUCGCCACCGGCUGGGGCAGGAACUGGACUAAUGGUGUGUCCCCCGAAAACAUGAACUGGGUGUACCUCACCGGGGUAUCGAACGAGGACUGCCGCGUCGCCUUCUCUGGAUCAUCCACCAUCGUCCCGUCCACCAUUUGCGCUGCGUACUACAAUGUGUCCAGUCAGUCUACUUGCCAGGGUGACAGCGGCGGUGGUCUCACCGUUGUCGACGAGGAUGGAAUCGUCUCACAAGUGGGCGUAUCCUCUUUCGUAUCCUCCUCUGGUUGCCACACACCCAUCCCUGCUGGUUUCAUUCGUCCCGGCCACUACCACGAUUGGUUCUACCAAGUGACUGGAAUUAACUUCGACUGGGUCCCAGGACAAGAAGAAGAUAGUGAAUCCAGUGAAAGCGAGUCCAGCGAAUCCAGUGAAAGUGAGUCUAAUGAGGAUGAGGAUAAUGAAGAUGGAGAUGACGAAGAUGGUGACAAUGAAGAUGGGGAUAAUGAAGAUGGGGAUAAUGAAGACGGUGACAAUGGAAACGGAGAUAAUGAAGAUGGAGAUAAUGGCGGCGAAGAAGAAGAAGCUUUUGCUUUGAAAAUGUAA